CGAACAGUGAAGUCCACACACGAAUUGAGUGACAACGUGGUCGAAAUUAUUAGGGCUGGUUCCCGUCUGUUUAAUUAAGUAGUUUUUGAAGUUUGAAUCAAGUAUUUUAAUUUUUAGUUUCGAAGUACCAAUAAGUAUUGGAAAUCGAUCAUCAUGGCGAGUUCCUACUCGCCCUUGUCUUCAAUACUGAAGUCCUCCGCAUUGAAUGUGCCAAAUAAGAAACUGACCCAACCAUUGCAAGUCAGAUUUGAUUCGCUUGUUACCAUUGACGUGGUUUCUAUCCUAAAGGACUAUAUAGAAGGGCGAAAUGAUGUGAAAUACUCUCAGUUACUGAACCUAAAAAAUGAUCCCAAUGUUAAUGAUGCAUUUUUACUUCUGAUUCUUCAACAAAUCAACAAUGCUAUUAGCCUUCUUGUUCCUAAAGUUGAACAGUUUGUGUAUGCAUUGCUAAAUAUAUCGUGGACCACAAGACCACCAGCAGUACUUGAUGAAUAUUUAAGUUUUGUCCAGACACUAGUCUCAGCACACACAUAUUAUUGUAAACCAGUAGUUAAGAUGCUAGUCUCAAAUCUAACAUUGAAUCCAGACACUGAAUUGGCUACUAGACAUGUCCAUGAUCUUUUGAGAAGAAUUCUUGAGCUUAUACCUUUGUCUCAAAGGAUUGUACUUGAUUGCUUAAAUGAUGGUUUUCCUUACAUUGGUUCAGGAUGUGCUGAACAAGUGAAUUACGUCAGGAAUCUUCUAGUGUUUGCUGAGUACCAUGUAAAUGCUAGAUCCUACAUUUUAAACAUUAUCACUGGAAGAAUGAUAAAAUUGGACAGCAGAGUUCCAAUAGAAGACCUGCUGAAAUCAUUUGGUCUUACAAUUAAUCUUGAUACUUCGGUCAAUAACCAAGCAGUUCAAACUCUUGACGAAAUGAUGAAAGUUAUGUUUGAACUGUGCAAGGCAAAAUGCCAAAGUGAAUGGGAUGUCCAUAGAAGUUUCUAUUACGACAUGUAUUCUGCAUUUGAAUCCUUGAUCCUUCCUGCAGUUGGCAUCCAUCACGUUCACUAUUUGAUGUUUUACAUCUGCAGCACUAAGCCGGUUCUGUAUGAAACCUACAUCGAACGUCUAUGGACCAUGUUCCAAAACCCUUCAUCUCCGCUGAACAUUCGCAAAUCUUCUGCUGAUUAUCUUGCGUCGUUUCUAGGAAAAGCUGCAUUUGUGCCUAUGAAGGUCGUAAACUUCUGCUUAGAGCGAGUUUGUAAAUGGAUCCAUGCAUACCUAGACCGACAGGUAAAAGGUGAAGGGGUAGCUGUUUUCAAGAUCCGCGCACACGCUGCAUUUUAUGCAGCAUGCCAUAUUCCCUUCUAUGUUGUGGCUGCCAGACAUCAUGACUAUCUCGGCAAUAAAAAACUUCUUACCGAAUUGCAAGCGUUGGAUUUGACACGGAUUGUCAGCUCAUCGUUAAACCCAUUACGCUAUUGCCACGCAACGACCGUCAGACAAUUUGCUGAAUCGGCUUCACAUCUACAGUUUGUUUUCUUUGUGCAAUGUGGUGAAUUAGCGUCAAUGGGGGAUUUUUCUUGUUUUUUUUAUAUGGUACAAGUGUACUGACUUCGACGUAUUCUUACGUUGUUGUUUAUUUUUUCAAAAUUGCCUCGUUUUGACCAUGGAAAACAGCUGUUCCAUACCGUUUUUCUUUUUCGUGUUUUGUAUAAAAAGAAAAACCAAAAAUUCUUGACAUUGUCACGCAGAUGCCUCCCCAUGUUGCGGGAGAGCCGAGCAUCCAUGUCGAGAGAGUAAAUAUGCAUCAUAUAAAAUGAUUCCCUUUUUUUUUUUCCUUUCGAUAUAUUAAAAAAAAAAAAGUCAAAAAAUAUACUUUUGUAACCAAUGUGGUGAUGCUUUUGUUGUUGUUGAUUUCAUGUCGACGUCCUGGCCUUUUUUCGUCGUGACUUGUGUGUGUAUUUUUCCCCACUGUGUUCAUGCUGUGUCCUCCAUCUACUGCUCUACGACGUUCGUAUUUUUCAAUUAAAUAACUGCAGUUGAAUGUUUAUCUAUGAUGUGUGCCUCAUUAAGCAAAGUCUUAUUUUUUUCGGCCCAACUCAAUCGUUACUUUACAAGAAUAAUGACAUAACACAAACAUAUGCAAAAAAGAAAAAAAACACUACUGCGCCGUAUUUCUCGAGUAUUUCGCUUGUCUUAACGUAAUUUUAAAUUGUUUUUCCCCUUUUUUUCUUUUAUCGAAUUGGAUUUGUGUUGCAGGGAAUGCAGAGUAGUUGCAUCAUCUCUUCAUAAAUUCCUAUGUUAGUAUUCUUCUUCCUUGUUCUGAAACUUCCAUAUAUCUCAGCAAUGACGUGCGGACCAUUAUCCAGUUGAUGUCAUUCACCCCUCUUCAUUUUUCUGAUGUCUUAGGAUAUGAUUUCGCUACCCUUUUGAUAAAGAUUAUGUUAAAUCCCGUUCAGUAUGAAAUUUUCGUUUCGGGAAUCAAGGAAAAGAAAAUUACUUGUUGACGCUUGUGUUCGGUUUGGCAUGUUUACAAUACUGACCAUGCGUUUGAAGAAUAUCAUUUGCUGCUAUAAAUAAUUCUCCUGCUGUAUAGGGAUGCGAUCUUUUUGAUCUGUCUUCGUGCUUCGCCUUUUUCCUCUGAUUUUGUAGUAAACCCAGAUUUUUGUACGCGUUUUGUUAGACAUUAAUUAGCCACACUAGCAGAAGACAUUUUUACCACUUGGUUUUUCUUCGACAUGGGAGGGGGCCAAUUCAGGAUGCAAAAUGCAGAAUAACUAACUCGUUGUGUACAGCAUAUGUUUGUCCUUGCUUCCUUCCGGUUUUACGUGGAAUUCGGAUUAUUCCUAUACCUUUUUCUUCCUUCGUUUGUUUGUACUCUCUAUCUUUAUCGACCUACCGUAUUUACAAUUAAACAUACAUGCAUACAACAGCCUCCGACAAAAAAAAUAAUACUAUUUAUUGUGCAUUUC